GUAUAUCAGGAUAAAGCUUUAAUACUUUAUUGCGGAAAUAUGCCUGGUCAUGGGUUGGAUUAUUGGGUUGAGAAUAGGUGGUACUACUUUACCUUAGUAGUUAUCUAUGGUAAUAAAAUCACUAGAGAAGCUUGA